UUAAAAUACUAAUAACUCCUAUCAGAAACGGUGUCUUAUGUUUUAACUUCUGUGUUCGGUGAUAUAAAGCAUUUAUUAUUAUAUUUCCAAAUAAUUUCAUUUAUUUGAAAUUUUACAAAAUAUACAUAAGUAUUUUUUUUUCACCUAUCGAGUUUACAGUUAUUAUUUGUUCAAUCUUUCUGUUUCUUCAUUAAAAUCGAUUACAUAUUAAGCUCAACGGUUUUUUGUAAGAUAUUCUCCGUAGUUAUAAGCCACCAAUAAUAAGGUUCACAUUUGUAAAAUACAUUCGGCGUCAUCGUCGGUUGUACCCUACUGUGUUGUCUGUGGUAUCUUAGCUGGAAACAUGAUAAGUGAAGAGUCAGAGAUUUCCUUGAUUAACAUAAAGUUAUGUUUGGGUACUAUGACUAUGCACACUUUUUCGGUGUACAUAGAUCUGCAAUCGCCCGUCAGCAUAUUGAGAAACAAAAUGUAUGAAAAGGAUGACACUCUGAAGAAAGAUAAUUUUAUAUUGGUUUAUUGUGGAAAUAUUAUGGAAGACCAUUCUCCUAUUUAUAUGUACGAUGUUAUGAACGGAGCUACUGUGCAUUUAUUCAAAAAAAUGAAGAUCGAUACUAGAGAAUUUCCAAAAUGUGGGGAAUGGGAUGGUCCAGGACUCGUGAAAGUGGGUGUAGCUUUACGUUCACUCUCAUUGAAUUGUUCAUACAAAUGUGCAUUGAUGAAAAUUAGCAAGACAAAACUGAUAAAUGAGAUAAUCUUGCAUAUUCCUGAACUAAGAGAAGAUCCUGUAGGAAUUACUCUUCUUCAACAUCCUGAGCUUUUAGUCAAACUCAAUGAUAUUGAUGCGGUGAAACGCCUUGCGGACAAUCAUAAAGGUUUGGCAAUGGCUGCAUUUCAAUUGACUGCAGUUGUUCAUGAGAGAGCUUUGCAGAACCACUUGGCAUCAGAUGUGUUGGCCAGAUCUAUGUCUGCUGGCAGUGAUGAUGAAAUGGAAGAUCUAGAUGAUUCAUCCCCUGGAUCGGACACUAACAAUCAACCAUUGAAUAGAAACUUACCUUAUGCCAUCACUGCCGCACAGUUGGCAACAGCUAUAGCAAAUGUAACGACUCAACAACCACAGCCAAGCACUAGUGGUGCAAGUACAUCAACUGCAAAUACAGGAAAUGUGCUUGUGACUCCAAAUACCACACAAAGUCAACCGACUACGCCAGCAGUUGAUUAUACACAUCAAUUAGGAAUAAUGAGAGAAAUGGGUCUGUACAAUGAACCUUUAAACCUUCAAGGAUUGCGACUAGGAGGUGGUAGCUUGGAAACUGCUAUUGAAUUAGUAUUAAGUGGUUUUGAUAUUUUAGAUACAGAUGAUUCAAACCCUCUAUUUUAAUAUCAUAAAACAAUGAUAUGUAUAAUAUUGUAUUAUAAUGGUUUUAUAAAUAAGCAAUAAUUAACAUUUAGUUAUAAUUCUU